ACCACUCAAACCGAAAGGUUCUAUCCGGCAGUUGGAAUUAAGCCAAGGCCGAUAGUCUGUAAAUGUGUAUUAAAAAAGACGAAUAAGAACCCAGCGAUGACAUCACUUCUCCGCUGGCUAUGCUCCGUGUCACUUGGCGUGACGUCACGCUCUCGGCCCGUCCGCCGUGAUAUUUAUAGAUCCCGGCCUGUGAUUGGUCGGCCGAGCUGUCAGUCAUCUGAUUGCAUCAUGCUGCUUAUAAUAAGGAGAAAGACCUGUGAGAUUUCGCAACGAGGCUUUGUGUGCAAAGUGGAAGACGCUGCGGUUAUAAAACCCUUCCGAAAUCCGACAGACCUUUUGAUGAAGAUUCGGUAAAAGCCGCAGGACCUCGACUUCUUCAGGUCACACAGCUUACAUUUCACGACGCUUUCAAAAUGAAUAUGUCUCCAUCUUCAUCAGAUGAUAACUUAAGUACUUCUCAGCUUAGUAGCCCUCCAACGCCACAACUUGUGCCAGAAGGCGGUGGGAAAUCUACUCCUCCAAGUAAAAGCAAGAAAGGACAGCGGAUGGAUCGUGGUAGCGAAGAGUACCGUAUGCGCCGGGAACGCAACAACAUAGCCGUGAAGAAAAGUAGAUUAAAAAGCAAGCAAAAAGCCCAAGAUACACUGCAACGGGUCAAUCAGUUAAAGGAGGAGAAUGAGAGGCUGGAGGCAAAGAUUAAGCUGUUAACGAAAGAGUUAAGUGUAUUGAAGGACCUUUUCCUAGAGCAUGCACACAACUUGGCAGAAAGUGUACCACCAGAGACUUCUGCAGCUGGACCGGAGCAAGCCGCACCGUAAUUUGUAGUACAUUUUAUAAUAUUUUGGUGGCAGAAGGCAAAAUAGACUUUGGGACAAAGAAAAAGUUUGACAAUUUUUCAUGGAUGAUGUAAAAAAAAAAAAAAAUAGUGCUGGUUUGUUCAACUUGUAUACACUUUAGGUGAAUAGAACUUCAAAAAGUUCAAAAAGUUAUAAUAUUCCAGUUAUUUUCAUUUUAAUUAUUCAAAAAAGUUAUGUUACAAUCUAUUUUGAAUUAUUAUUUUAGCCUCUGUUCACAUCUGGCUGUCACAGUUUCCAUCAGAUUUCAUAGGAAAAGACAGGAUAAACGGGGCUGCGUUUAGCACUAUGAGGCGAUGGAACAUGACAGGCCCCAUUGUCAUCCAUUGGGCGCCGUUAGGAUGAGUGUCUUGACCGAUCAAUCACUGUGCAUCGUAAACUAAGGCUAUGUUCACUUCUACCUUGUGGUUUCUGAGUUUGACAGCUGCUAGUUUAAAGGGGUACUCCCUUUAUCCCCCUAUGCAAGUGAUAGGGUAUAAGAUGUCUGAUCACGGAGGACCCCCAUGAUCUCUGCUACGGCACCCCAGACAACUUGUGUAGGGAGCGAACUUUGCUCCGUGCCGGAUGACUGGCGAUGCGGGUCUGAGGCUCGUUAUGUCACGGCCACGCCCAGCUCGUGAUGUCACGGCCACGCCCCCUCAAUGCAAGUCUAUGGGAGGGGCGUGACGGAUGUCACGCCCCUCCCAUAGACUUGCAUUGAGGGGGCGUGGCCUUGAUGUCAGGAGCGGGCUUGGCCGUGACGUCACGAGCCUCUGGCGCUGCACCAGACGCUCUAAGCGAACAUCGGGCGCAGCAGGGAUAUCGUCCCAUCGACGGGACCCCCGUGAUCAGACAUCUUAUCCUCUAUCCUUUUGGAUAGGGGAUAAGAUGUCUAUGGGCGGAGUACCCCUUUAACAUUGCCGUGGCAAACACAAUGUUACAUUCUGAUAUAACAAAAACAACAACUUUGUGAUAGAAUAUGUUGAAAUUUUAAAUCUGUUUGUUUUUAUGUCCAGAACUCUUAUUCUGUGUUUUACGGUAACAGGCAGUGAACUUAGGGUUUGUGGUGUAAUGUUACAGUCAUGUGCUUCCUCCAUUUUUGUUCUGUACUUGAUGCUACUGUACAUAUACAGUAUGUUAUUCAGAAGUAUAGGACAAAUAGAAAUAAACUAAAUUACAGAAUCAGACCUGCUGCCUGUUACCCUUAAAAUUAAUUUUUUAAAUUAGUUGCUUAUUUUAUUUAUAAAAAAAAUUUCAUAUGCACUUAGAGAAUGAAAAAAAUAAAGGUUUGAAGGCGGUUUUAGCUGUUCUAUGGAAAUGAGGUGUUAAGAUUUUUACUACUGUUUUAGAGUGUGCUGUACAAAAAAAAUAUCUUGCUAAAACUAAGGGCUCCUUCUCACGUGAAUGGUUAAAUCUGUUCUCGUUAGAAAAGUACAUUUUUAUAGUCCGGCACAAGAGCUGAUUCUCAUGAAGGUUGAAUUGUGAUAUAUUUGUGAAGUUUGGGGGCAAAAGUGUUUGAGGAUUUGAGGUUUCCUUCUUCCUAAAUAAAGCGCUAAGAACAAGGCCUGAGCAUUCUAGCUUGGGCAGUUCAGCUUUUUACUUAAAGGGGUACUCCGCCCCUGGCAUCUUAUCCCCUAUCCAAAGGAUAAUAUAAGAUGUCGUAUCGCCGGGGUCCCGCUGCUGGGGACCCCGGGGAUCGGCGCUGCG